UCGCGGAGGUGCGACUAGGCGCUGCGGCGUAACGCUACAUGUUCCCGCCUCGGGCCGUUCGCGAAGGCGCUCCUAGACGGGCUGCGCGCACGCAGUGCUUCAGCCUCCGGCCGGCGUCCCUCCACAGGCUCAGCCCUUGCCCUGCGGCCGUUCCCCCUCCCGCCUCAGCCCGCUGGUAGGGCUGCUGUACGCCGAAGCCUCGAGGCGCCGGAGCCUCGAGGCGCGGGCGGAGGACGGGAACGCCUUCGUGUCGGCGCCUCCCCCUUAAGCUGUCCGGAGCCCGCCUGCGCCCGCCUCCGAAGCGGCGCGCGACGCCCAGCGCCCGCAGGCGCGGGCCGGUCCUCACCCAGGCGUAGGCCCGGCCGGCUAGCAAGACCGAGCCCCACGGCAUUUUAUUUUAUUUCGUUCGUGGUUUUGCAUAGACUGAAGUUUCGUGGGGUAGGUUAAACUCGGGACCUUCUCGAAGAGGACCCAUUUAUUAUUAUUUUUUUUUCCUUCCAAAAUGGCAGCCUCCAGCCGCGCACAAGUGUUAGAUCUGUACCGGGCGAUGCUGAGAGAGAGCAAGCAUUUCAGCGCCUACAAUUACAGAACUUACGCUGUCAGGAGGAUAAGAGAUGCCUUCAGAGAAAAUAAGAAUGUAAAGGAUCCUGUAGAAAUUCAAGCCCUAGUGAAUAAAGCCAAAAGAGACCUUGGAAUAAUUCGUCGACAGGUUAUUCCAUCUCACUAGUAAGUGAGUGCAUUCCAGAACUGCCUACACAGAGAUGGACAAGCCUUUGGAGCCCAAUAAAAACCCAGGUGCUCAGUCAUUAAGCGUCUGCCUUCAGCUCAGGUCAUGAUCCCUGGGUCCUGGGAUCGAGCCCCGCGUCGGGCUCCCUACUUAGCAGGGAAGCCUGCUUCUCUCUCUCCCACUCCCCUUGCUUGUGUUCCCUCUCUCGCUGUCCCUCUCUGUCAAAUAAAUAAAUAAAAUCUUAAAAAACAAAUGCAGGCGCUGAAUGCUGGGGGGCCCGGGAGCCGGCAGCCCUGGAGUCUGCUCCCAGCCCCUGCCGUGGGCAGGCAGUCCCCUUCUGCCAGCUUCCUCCUGGGGCUCGGGAGGGUUCUGCUCCAUGACGCUCCGAGGUCUCCCUCACACCGGAUAUUUUCUGAUUCGGAAAAUAAUUGUGGUCACGAUUGUUAGGUCCCAGAAACACACCUGGCAAUUUGGUUUUUGCCCAAGGGCGAGUCAUGGCACCGACCUCCUCUGUUUACUGAAUUGACUUUAAAAAGCAAACCGAGCUGCCCUGAGCUCACAGACGGCAUGUUUUGUUGAGCGUGGAGGAGGAACCGGGUUAUGUAAUGCCGAGUUAUGUAAUAUUUGUUCUUAGGUGCCAGCCUCAGCAGCAGGGCCGAUUCAAGAAAACCCUUUGGCUAUACUUUGUAAAGGCUUUUAAUAGCCAGCCAUGGCGGGACCGCUCCCCGAAUCCUGGUGAGGUCAGGGGGCCUGUGCACUGUGCACAGAAGCUGCCCUUUCGGACAGCUGGCAGACUGUAAAUACCUCACUUGACUGAAGAGGUUUUCUUCACUGGGCCUCGACAGGCCUCUCAGAAGGAGAGACCGGGAAAAAGAGCAAAACCGAGUGUGCCUCCUACGGACAGCCCUGCUUUAUGUCCUGCCCGCGCAGCCCUGCCCUUGCGUCCCGACUGGAAGCAGCUGAGUCUCUCCUCAGCCGGGUGGCAGGCUCCCUGAGGGCUGGGCCUGCCGUGUCCAGUGGACCCACGCAGCGCCCAGCGGACACCUUUCUGCGUUCACCGGCGCCCCGCGGGAAGGCCUCGAGGGCCCUUCCUCCUCCUUUCUUGCCUGCCGAAAUCGUGUCCGCCGGGCCGCCAAAGCACGGCAGUGUGACUCUGCGGCAUUAAUUACAUGGCACUGCAGUGCUGUGUUCAUAAGGCAUGUCUGCCCUUAGCCCCUGACCUUCCAGAGAGGCAGGGCCAUUUCCUUGUUCACCGUGGUACCCCCGGUGCCUUGUAGAUACAGUGAGCCCUCCAUUAAUCCUUCAGAGUCAUGAAAGCUUGGUCGGAAGACACGGAAGGAAGAGUUUUAAACUGAAACUCAGAAGGACUGGUUCUAGCCCACGCUGUGCCCCUGACCCAGGGCAAGAGCAGCAGACUUGGCCUUUCUGACCAGAAGUCUUCCUAGCAUCUUCAUGAACGCAGAAGGACAUAAAGCGCGCUGACACCCUCUACCAUCAGCAGAGCCGCUCACCAGUGAGUAGAGUUAACAACCUUCAGGCCCUAGCACUGGGCCCUCAAACUAAAUAUCCUGCUUUGCCUGAGGAUGUGGCUACCGCCCGGGUACCAAAAAGGAAGCCAGGAACUCCUCCUGGAAAUUAGUGUAUUGGCCAGAAUAAACCGAAAACAAAAGUCGAUCUGGUGAGGUGAAUUCCAAGAGUAGGAAAGAAGGCUCCGUUCCGAUUUUCUUACCCCACUAGGAGGCACAAAGGGCACGGGAUCCAGGAGUCGGGAGAGAUUUCAAAUCCUGGUCGUCACGCCCUAGCUUUCUGAACUUAGGAAAAUGACUUCCUGCGGAACUCCUUCUCCUGUUCCCACCUUGUUGGGAGGUGAGAAGACAGAGAAAUGUGUCUGUAAAGCAUGCACCCCCACACCUGACCCGUGGUGAAUGUUCAGUAAAUGAAAGGUGGUUGCAGCCGUGUCCGUGCAUCAGCUUGUUUUUCUCCAUACUUCUUUUAAAAUCUCAAGUGCUGAAAUGACGGAGCUGUGUCACAGUUUGGUUUCAGAUCUCUAAACAUGCAGAAAGGGAGCUGCUGCCAGUCCCCCUCUCAGGCGGCUCUGUUCUCCAGUCUCCUCCAUGGCGACUCCAGAGGCUUUGCUAAUCUGCCGGCUCUUGGCAUAUGGUACUUGUUGUAAUAUAGGUCUGACUUUCCAAAAUACUUUUCAGUGGUUUCAGUGAAGCUGCAAAGACUAGAUUCCAAGUGACAGUUUCUGUAUGAAAUAUUUAUCACAUGCUGAUAAAAGCAUAUCCACCGACUGGAACCAGGAGGGCAAAAGAGAAGUGCAGUUCACUAUUCUUACUUUCUUCUUUUAGAUGUUCCUGUCACAUUGUGGACUGCCAGGCAAUGAAAUGAAGGAAAGACUACAGGCAAAUAAAAAGAGCAGGUAGAGCCAGUUGGUGUUUGGAAGUGAAAACUGGGGGUGCCUGAAUUUGAAUAAAUAAAGGUGUCCUCAAAUUCAGAAGAUGGGAAGGCAGAACCAGGAGCCCUUAAUGGGCCUAGCAGGAAAGCACACUAUACAGGUAGAAAGAUUUGGUUCCACCGUUGUCUUUUCUUUUUUUUUUUUUUUUUUUUAAGGAUUUUAUUUAUUUAUUUGAAAGAGAAUGAGAGACAGAGAGCAUGAGAGGGAGGAGGGUCAGAGGGAGAAGCAGACUCCCUGCCAAGCAGGGAGCACGAUGCGGGACUCGAUCCUGUGACUCCAGGAUCAUGACCUGAGCUGAAGGCAGUCGCUUAACCAACUGAGCCACCCAGGCGCCCCUCCACCGUUGUCUUUUCACCCACGCUCAUACACAGAGAACGGUGCCUGAUCAACAAGGUAUGUCUUUGCAGAGCUUGGGGGAAAUUUUCCUUAGAUUUCUGUAAUGUUCAUCUCAGACAAUCCAUAUUUAUUCCUAAGCAUUUUGGAGUGUCCGCAGGAAUGAGCUACCAAAGUAGGGGCAGAGAGGGCUAAGAAUGGUCAGUAUUUGAGGAACUUGUUUUGUGAUGACCGGUGAAUGACAGAUUUCACAUUGGAACACAUGCCUUCAUAGCAGUGGACAAGUCAUGAGAGUUGUAUAUGUGGCUUCUUCAUUUAAUAGGGGUUUUGAUCCUUGUCUCCUUGAGGGCAGGCACUGUGUCUGUCCCCACACUUAACCACAGUAUCUUACACACUGAUAAUGCUUAGAAAAUAUUGCUGAAUGAAUUAUAUGCUUUGGGGCACCUGGGUGGCUCAGUCAGUUAAGCAUCUGACUCUUGAUUUCAUCUCAAGUCAUGAUCUCAGGAUCCUGGGAUUGAGCCCCACGUCAGGCUCCACGCCGGGCAUCGAACCUUCUUAAAAUUCUCUCUCUCCCUCUUCCUUUGCCCCUCCCAUGCUUGCUCACUCACUCUCUCUCAAAUAAAUAAAUAAAUAAAUAAAUAAAUAAAUAAAUAAAUAAAUAAAUAAAAUAUGCUUUAAUUACAAAGGACUAAAUUAUAUAUGCUUGAAUAUCUUAGUAGUGGCUCAGUGUCAUCCAUUCUAUUUAGGGAAUAACCUUUAUCAACAAAGUAAAAAGCCAUACCUGAGCUAGCAAAGUUUUGAUCCAUAAAACAUAACCUUUUAGAACCAUAACCAAUUAUAAAACUCUCUUUGAGACAGAUAGCGGUCCUGCCAUACAUACAAACUUAGGACAGUCUAUUCGUAUUUUGGGGGGAGGAAUGGGAGAAAUAAAGAGAGUGGGGGUUACCAUAGCUGCUUUGGAGAGGCCUAUUAGAGCAAGUUAUUCUUAUCCAAAUAUCUGAAUGAAAAAGACUGGUGAGUUGGUCUGCAUGCUUCUUCCAUUGCCUGCAUCUUCCUUUGGUAGCCUUUUGGGAUGGCAUUAGGUUCGUGUACCUUCUGUGUAUAUGUGAGAAGAUUGGAAGCUGGGAAAUGAGCCUGUCCAUGAUAGGUGGGGGAUCAAAGGCAAGGCCAGGGAACCAGGCUGCCCUUUGCCCCUCUGGUCAGUUCUCCAGAGCUUUCUGGAAUACAGGUGUUAUAAACACAGAGGUCCUCAAUACAUUAUGACUUACUCACCUUUACCCUUUGGGAGAACUCUUUUCAUGUGAAUUCAGACAUGCCCAGAAAUGUAGGAAAGUCGAAAGCAGUCAUGUUCUUGCCAGGAUUUAUUGUUUAAACAAACCCAUUAUGAAAAUUCAGCUUACCGGGCCGCCUGGGUGGCUCAGUAGGUGGGUGAAGCGUCCGACUCUUGGUUUCAGCUCAGGUCAGGAUCUUAGGGUCCUGGGAUUGAGCCCUGUGUCCAGCCCUGCGCUCAGCAGGGAGUCUGCUUGAGGAUUCUCUCCCUCUGCCCCCCCUUCUGCCCCUCCACCUGCUCACGCACUCUCACUCACUCUCUCUAAGUAAGUGAAUGAAUAAACAAAUCUUAAAAAAAGAAAGAAAAUUUAGAUUACCAAGGAAAUGUAACUGGAGAUUGAACACUUAUAUAAAUUAAUUCUGGUUAUGGUUAUUCAAUGACUAUGGAGACUACAGGGGUUAAAACAUUUUUAUCUCUUCUAUGCUACAUACUGCAGGCAUGGAUCAUUUCAUUUACAACUACUCUGCAGCAUGUCCUCAUUUUAUAGGUGAGGAAACCAAGGCACAGAGAGAGGGAUUAAGGAGACGGAGACUCCUUAGACAUAAUGGUUGAAGGCAGGAUUUUUGAGCUGAGGUCUCUUACCACCAUCCUUUUUUGCCUGACAGUAGGAUCUUUCAUUGCAUUUUAGUAAAAUGAAUUUUACAAAAAUCUGAUUUAGAUAAACUUCUGUAGCUUGAAAACCCCCCUUUUUUUAAUGACGUAACUUUUUUUUUUUUAAGAUUUUAUUUAUUUAUUUGACAAAGAGCACAAACAGGCAGAGCGGCAGGCAGAGGGAGAGGGAGAAGCAGGUUCCCGCUGAGCAGAGAGUCCGACGUGGGGCUCCAUCCCAAGACCCCAGGGUCAUGACCUGAGCCAAAGGCAGACGCUUAACCUACUGAGCCACCCCACCGAGGUGCCCCUGAAAACCCCUUUCAACUAAAAGCCAGUGGGUGCUCAAAAUCAAGGAGUGGGUCUCUGGGGAAGGGACCCAUAGCACUGUGACUCUUGGAUCUCCGUGCCCUUGUCCUCGGGUGCACGCUGAGAGAAUGAGGUGCAGCGCCCCCGAGCCCUCAGAGCUCUUCAGGCCUUACUGCUGGCAGGAUCUGAAAGACAGCUCCCUCUGGAGGCAGCAAGCAUUAGCUCAAGGGGUGAGCCAGAGGCCUGACCCAGAGCUGAGUGGAAGGCAGAGAAGGGAAUUAAGUCUGACCAGUGAAAUGACUCACUCAAAGAAAAGCGAUAGUUUGUGGCAUGAGCAAAUUAAACUCCCUCCCACCUCCCCCACCAGACCAGGGCCAUUUGAGGCUUUGGUAUAUCUCCAGGGCAUUUCAGGGAUCUAAAGUUUUUGUCUCAUCAAGAAGGAGGGCAGAUGCCUGUCCAUGCACUUGUGCACCCAGGAGGGACCUUUUAGGCGUACAUUACUAAGGUUCAUAUUACACUGCCUGUAGCCCUUCCUUGAUAACAAAAGGAAACUGAAUGAAGACUAGCACAUUCCAUCUCAAAUACCUGUGUUACUUACUCACCUCAAAUACUUGCAACCAUACACUAGUGAAGUUUUCCAUUAUCUAAGCAUUUUGUAAUGUUUGGAAAGAAAAACUAUAAUCAAUCUCAAAACAACCAUACAUUUCCCCCAAGAAGAAGGAAGUUUUCAUCUUUAUUUUAACACGUUUUGUGCCUGUAUGUUGCAGUACACUUGGGAUUUAGUUCAACUCAGCUUUAAUUUUAAACUGUAUUACUGGGGGAACCAAAGGCUACCUGAUCUUUAGUGGGAUCUUCAAAGACAGGACUUUGCACUUUCUGCUCAUGGUUCUCAACCUUGAUUGUACACUGGAACCACCUGGGUGCUUUCACAAAUCCCUAGGACCAGGCCACUCCAGGCCAAUGGAAUUAGAGACUCUGAGGGUAGGACUCAGGCAUCAGUAGUGUUAAAACUCCCCAGAUGACUUCAACAUGCAACCAAGGUUGAGAACCAGGAGUUGAAACUGAGCCCCUGAACAGGUACCCCCAAACCUGUCACCCUGCACUGAGUACCUAUUCUCCAGAAGGCCAGCAAAUUGUCUUUGAUUUUUGUAAUUACUGAUCUCUGGAUCUCUCUAAAUUAACCUUUGCCCCAGGGAUAAUUUUUGUUCUGUUGCACUUACACAGAGAUUCAAACUCUUAAGUUCUCUUAUAUAUUGAACAAUGCAACUCUCUCUUAUUACCACUGGAAAUCUCACGUGUUCCCAUAGUGUGCAUACUCCUGAUGAAGCUCUUUGGGUUUUGGCUGAUAGAGCAAGACAAUAUUCUUCACAACCAAGUAGAAUAACACAGCUUAAUGUCAAAAGAAUGGCAGAGACGUCUUCUCAGUAAUGCAGUCUUCAUCUCAGGGAGAAGUUAUUUAACAAUCUUUGGGGGAUAUUUUUUAGUGCAACUGAGGGUUUGCUGCUCAUAUAAAUUGUAGCUCAUCCAUCCUGCAUUUCUGCUUGUCACAUAAACCCUGGCGAUAAGAAUAUCUGCAGAGUCCUGUAUCUACAUAGCAGCCAUAGUCCAAGUGCAGGUAAAAUUAUUCAGGAAGUCAUGCACCUUCUCUUCUUUCAGGGGGAAUAGAUGGGAAGAAAAGAAGAUUAAUAGAGCUGUAGACCAAGAAAGAUACUUGUAAGAUUUGUUCAGCCUUUCAGGAUAGUUGAUAGGAGUGUGCUCCUUACUUUGGUCUGUUUUGAAACUCCACAGCCAUCAGAUGCACAAGUUGUCCUCAGCAUCUCCUGUCAGAUAGAUCACCAUGGGAACAGCAAGGAGACCAGUGGAAGCAUAACAGGGCAGCAGCUUUUGGGAGCUAGCCCAGUGACAAAUGCUAAUGCACCAGGCCAAACGUUCUAGCACUCAAAGGAACUGGAUUAUCAGGGCUUAAAUUGGGGUGUGUUGGCCUGCUGGUACACCAAAUUUUUCCAGAUUUUUCUGGAAAUUUCCUGGUCUGAUUUUUCUCAACUCCAGAACCAAUCAAGAUUCAGCCUGUUGAUGAAACUUUCUGAUGGAAUCUGGCAGUUCAAUCUGUUCUUCCCUAGCGAAGGCCAAUAUUGUGUAGAUUUCACUAGAUCAUGUGUUCCUUAACUUGCUAGAACAUUCAGUGUAUUCCUUUCCUUUUUUCUUUAAAUGACAGCCUUAUUGACACUCUCUCUCUCUCUCUCUCUCUCAAAUAAAUAAAUAAAUAAAUAAAUAUUUUUUGAAAAGGGGGAGGGCACAUAGGUGGCUCAGUCAGUUAAACAUCCAACUCUUGAUUUUGGCUCAGGUCAUGAUCUCAGCAUCUGAGAUCAAGCCCCUCGUCAGGCUCCACAAACAGCAGGGAGUCUGCUUGAGAUUCUCUUUCUCCCUCUCCCUCUGCCCCUCCCCCUGCAUGCACUCUCUCUAUCUCUCCCCGUCUCCUUCUGUUCCUCCCCCCAUCCCAUGAACUCACACCCUCUCUCUCAAAUAAAUAAAUCUUAAAAAAAAAAUAACUUUAUUGAGACAUAAUUCACAUAUCAUAAAAUUCACCCAUUUAAACUAUACAAUUCAGUGGCUUUUAGUAUAUUCGCAGAGUUGUGUAACCCAUCAUCACAAUCAUUUUAGAACAUUUUCAUCAUCCCGAAAAGAAACGCCAUACACAUCAUCAGUGACCCCAUUUCUCCCCAAUCACUCUCCCCCAGCACUUAGAAACCACAAAUCUCCUUUAUGUCUCUAUGGAUUUACCUACUCUGGACAUUCAUAUAAAUGGAAUUUAUUUUUGUGACUGGCUUCUUUCCUUUAACAUGUUUGCAAGGUUCAUCCAUUCAUAGUAUGUAUUGAUACUUCAUUCCUUUCUAAUAGCACUGAAUGACUGUAUCACAUUUUAUCUAUCCAUUUAUCAGUUGAUAAACAUUUGGGCCAUUUCCACUUUUUUGCUAUUGUCAGUGAUGCUGCUAUGAAUACUAGUGUACAAAUUUUGGUGUAGACAUAUGUUUUCAUUUCUCUUGGGUAAAUAUCUAGGAGUGGAAUUGCUGGGUCACAUGAUAACUGUUAACUUUCUGAGGAAUGCCAGCCUAUUUUCCAAAGUAAGUGCUCCUUUGUACAUUACCAUCAGCAGCUUGUAAGGGUUCUAAUUUUGCCACAUUCUUGCAAAUACUUCCAGCCAUCCCAGUGGCUAGGAAGUGGUAUAGUGUAUACCUUUUAUACAUAAAACAACCAGAUUUAGAUUGGAAAGCUAAUGUUGACCUAAUUGCUCUUGGAACAUGCAAGGGAAGGUUAAGAUUAUUUUUAAUUUUUAUAUAUUUAUUUUGUCCACAUGAAUCUCAGGCCAGUCCUUCUCUAGAUCUAGACCCCAGUUCUCUGUGAGAACCAGUUUAAGCCCUCAUUGAUAUUACAGUGUGUAUAAGAGUUCCGGUAUGGCUUGGAAGUGUGCAUUGGGCAGCCAGGGUUGAUUCAGAUAAUCUGAAGCUCUGGUUGAGGGUGCUGUCUUUCACUGCUCCAUGAGACCCUCCCUGAGCUUGGAUUGAAGAGAUGAACUUCCCAGAUGACCGGGGUAAUGUGCUUUGCCUUGCAUAGUGCCUCAUAGAAGUCUUUCACACAGUAGGUGUUGGUUGAUUUUUUUUUUUAAACUCUACCUUCUUCCCUACAAAAAUUCAGCUGCUGUCUCAGACGCAUAGACCUCCUUACCACUAAGUCAGUCUUUUUUAUAUCCUUAUUCUUUACAGAUCUUAUGUUGUUUACUCCUUGAAACUUCGUAUCUGGUCCUCUCUUUCAUGUAAACUGUUAGCCUUGGUUUAGUAGAUCUUUGCACUUGGGUGUUUUAUCAGCACUUGGAAGCCCUCAUGACCAAAACCUAAUGAGUUAUCUUGCCUUCCCUUAAACUAAUUUUCCUUUCCAAAUUCCCAGUACUUCCAUUCUCUUGGUAAUGCAGACUCAACUCCUUCCUCGCCCCUAUGCACAGAGAAUGGAGCCUUGAUUGUUUCUGUACUCCAUUUAAAAUAAAUCUAAGCCUCUUUUCAGGUCCUCUAAAAUAGGGUACCUGGAAAUAUUCAACUAUGUUCUGAGGUACCACCCUGAAAACUAUCUUCUUCUUCAGGUUCAGGCUUGGGUGUAUGCUAUUCACUUCUAGUCAGGUCUAACCAACUCAGGUACUUGGCCCAGCCUUUAGCUACGUCAAUGUGUGUCCCGAUCUUUGACUCCUCUUGAGUACUUUCCUUGCCUGCCUUAUCACGAAUCACCAGUAAGCAUUCUGUUUUUUCUAUAGAACUUUACUUGAGGUUCUGUUAGAUAUUCCUGUUGACUAGAUGUUCAUCUGUUUAAAUAAUCUCACUGUUAAUGUGAAAGCACCCUUUGUUUGCUGACAGCCUGAUUUCCCUGGGCAUUUAUAGUGCUUAGAUGUGUAUUGAUGGACAUUACUCUGUAACUGUUUGUGUCCAAGCACUCUGGGAGGCUCAUCAAUCUUGUGCUUUUUUUAAUUGACAUCAAUAAUGUGUUUGCAUUUAUCAAUAUUUCCUAAUUGCCAAGUUAUAACAGUGGAACUUCUGUAAUAAAUCAUGCCCACAGAUAUCUUCAGACAUUAAGGUUUAAGGUUUCUGUCAAUAUUUUGAUGUCUUAUAAAUUGUUUUUAUGAGGAUUUUUUUUCCUAUGAGAAAGGAAGAACCGUGUAGCAAGAGACGGAGAGAAUUGAGUCAGUGUCACCAUGUAAAAUUAAGUUAAAGGGCCAAAUCAUUCCAGUGAAAAGAGAAGAAAGCUAUUUCCCAAGCCAGUACAGUACGUUCCCAUAAAGUUCAGCGUUACUGUCCAAAUGAAUGCUAAUGUGUCUCCCUUGCGAGUGAUGUACUGUGCCAAGCCUCUUCCUGGAAGAGAAAUUUGGACAAAAGGACAGUUUGCCCUCUUGCAAAGAAGGAACUAUUAUCAGUUCAUUUUUCGGGAGAGGAAACUGAGGCGUUGUAAGCUGAAGUUAUUUGCAGAGUCAAAUAGUGACUUUGCAAGGCCGGGACUCAUACCCAGGGCUCCGCAGAGUCCAUGGUUAGAUUAUUUACCCUUCAGAGACAGACUUGACCAAACCUCCAACGGUGAGGGAGACCCAUAGGUGUCCAAGGACUGAAUCCACAUCAUCUCUUAGGCAUUUGAACACUCUAGAAUGUUCAGCUCAGAAAAAAAGAUGAAUGUGAAAGGCUCAGGAGGUCUGUCCUCAUAUACCUGAAGACCCUUCCCUUGAGGGAGAAUAGACCUUGUCUUCUCUGCAUGCAGGCAUCGGCAGUGGGGCCAGCCCUCUGACCUGCCGAGAGGCGGUGAUGUGCCGUAGUUACAAGAAUGGACCCAGGAGUCACACUGGCCCCAGCAAAUCCCAGCUCAGCCACUCACCAGCCCCCACCCUUGGUCAAGCCACUUGACCGCUCUCUGUCCCACUUUCUUCAGCUAAGAUGAGAAUUUUGACAGUACCUACAUUAUAAGGUAGUUGGGAGGACUCAGUGAGUUAAUAUGUGAAAAGUGCUUUUGAUAAAGGUGCUUGGCACAUAGUGUGAAAAGUGCCACUCUUACUAUUAUUACAUUAUAAAUCCAGAUUAGGUGUGAGGAAGAGUUCUCUAAAAAAAAAAAACCACUCACCAUUUAUACAUUAAUUCUGCAAAUCUUUAUGUAUGAGACACUUCUAGACAGUGGAACACAGCAGUAAAUAAGACAGAUCUAGUCCCUGCCCCUGUCCUCAUGCUGCUCACAUUCUGUAUUAGGGAGAAAGGAAAUUACUGUGUGAAUCAAUAAAGCAGCCAUUCAACCCCUGAAUGAACCAUUCCUGACACUGUGACCCCCGCCCUUUCCCUGAUAAUCACUGAAGAGGUCCAGGCACAGGCUGACCGAGGUCAUCGUGAGAGGGGUUUGCUACUGUGGGAUUUUAUAAUGUUCUAACAUCCCUCUGUAAAAUAAGGUUAAUUUAAUACAGCCAGUGAAUAAAACAUCAAUUCCAGAAUUACUUUACUUUAAAACUGUCUGUUAUCCUCUGGAUCUUCGAGGUGAGGUGGGGAGAUUAUGCAGGACAAUCCUCUGAGGUACAAGAAGGAAAUGUGGGACUUCUGCUUAUAAUUUUUAUCUCAUCUUUCUAAAUGUAUAUUAUUGUGUGUAUCUUAUAAUGUGCAUAAUUUAAUAGCACAGGAGCAUAUGUGGAUAACAUCUAAAUAAAUAUAAACAUACAUUAAAGUUGCAUGCGUAAAUAUAUUUUGCUAAUAAGGUAAAUGAUUUAAAAAGCUUAAAGUCUGACGCUGUAAGUUUUAAAAUGACAGCUUUCUCAAGUCAAAAGCUAUUGUAAUAAUGAAACAGUCUUUUUAUGUUUUCCUUAUUUCUGAUGUGGUCAUUUAUGGAUAAUUUUCAACUUUAAAGGUAAUAGUUUUCCACAUGAUGGAAAAUGAAGACAUACUUUGACCUCUACUGAAGAGCUUAAAAAUCAAUCGUGAUAGUCCUUAAUGUUUUUGUAGGAGUUAAUGGUUUUAUUGCAUUUAAUCCUCCUUUGAGCCCAUGAGAUAGGUCUUAAACCCACUUUGGAGAUGAGGGAACAGAGCAUUUUAGAGGUUAUACGCAGAACUUUUGGCAACUAAUCAUUUUGCUAGAGAACAGAAAUUUUAAAAUUAAGUACUGUAAAGUAUACCAGGGAGUACCUGUUAGUAUGGGUCGAGGUGAAUGCUGACCAAUCUCUCUUAUUGCUAGGAGAAGGACUGUGGCUAUUUUUUCUUACUAUUGCCAUCCUGUGCUCUUACCUCAAGGGCAAAACCCUAUCAAGUAAUGUAUCAUUCAACAAGAUUUAUUUGGAAUCUGAGAUGAGCCAGGCCUUCAGGGUGCUUUCAGUUUACCAGAGGAGGUAACACUUCUUUUCUAAUUCCCAAAUCGGGAGCAUGAAGUUGACUUUUAAUUAGAGGCAAAUUUCAGUUUGGAGGAUAGUCUCCAUGUUCUCUCCCUCCCCAUCCCCAUAUAUCAGCAGUCAGGAUCCUUAGUUGCAGUCAACAAAAAGCAACUCUGGCUAAUUUGAGCACAAAGAAGAUAGUUAAAUAUGUGUUCAAUUAAUGAACAGUGAAUUCCUGUCUGUGUUCCUUAUUCCCAUGAAUGGAUAAGGUUUUAGGGGUAAGGGGACAGAGAGAAAGUUCAGAAGCUUGGAAAGGAAAGUUGGGCAUACGUUCUAAAAGAAUGCCUAGAAAUUAGUUCUCUGCUAACUGUGGGUUGACAGAGAUUUAUGUGGAUCUGUUGGAUUUUAUCUAGUAAGAUUAUUCUAUAGCAUGAAAAACAAAUUACUUGGAGUUCAGAGACCUACAGUUUCUACUGUUGAGCUGUGUUAUCUUGAAUAGGUUACAUAACUUUUAGGUCUUGGUCCUUUCUGCUGUGAAAUGAAUGAAAUGAUAGAUUAAUCUCUAAGUCUUCCUGUGAACUGUCUCUGCUGAUAGAAAUGUUGCAUGUCUGCCCUGCCUAACACAGUAGCCACUAGCCACUUGUGGCUGUUGAUU